UGUGUGUGUGUGUGUGUUUGUGGCAAGCGCUGGCAUUCGUCCCGGUCACGGGAACGUCUGUGUUGCCCGAGUUUGCCAAGGGUCAAUAUACGAAACGAGGGGACAUGUCAUGGAAUUAGAAAGGGUAAAAAGGAAAAGAAACUGGAAAAGAAGAUGAGAGGGGAAUGCUCCAUCAAACAAAGGUGAGAGACGAACGCGCGGCGAGACGGCGAUGCUGCGUUUGUAGAAGAAGAUGACGGGAGAGAGCGAGAGAGAGAGAGAGAGAGACAGGGAGGGAGCAUCACUGCGAGCAUGUGACGAUCAAGAGCAACACAAACGCGGAGGAGAGAGCGAAAGAGAGCGGCCGAGACGCGCAGACGACUCGAGGAUUAUUCGAGAUGGGAGCAAAAAGACCAGGACGCAAUCAUAAGGACGAGAAAAGACGAGGAAAACAUCAAAUGCAAAGUCUUUGCCAACUCAUCGUCUGCAGGCCAUUGGUCAGAAACUGGGACAAGCCUCGAUAAUGGCAAGUUGCUAAACCACUGAGGGAAAGGACAUCGAAGCGUUUGUUGAGUGCCGAGCAGUCGCAUUCCGGCACGCUACCGCUUCCCUGACUCACUUCCGAUCGGACGGAAUCGGGCUGACUUCGACCCAUGCCCCCGCCCGCCCCGUCUGCCUUCAGCUCCUCGGGGGGCUGAGGCGACCCGCCGAAGAGCAUGGGCAGGAGGGUGGCCGACCCCACCAAUCCCGUGCCCGCGCUUGGGGUCCCUCUGACGGUGGGACGAUGGGGCCCGCCGUGCAGCGUCGCCGUGCAGACGUCUCCCGGACCGCGGACUCUCCCUUCCGUCGAACGACACGUCGGCCGAGCGGCCGACCCGCGGCGAGCCCUCGCCGCGGCGACAAGCGCAGCGGACAAAGCGGAAGUCGCCAGGAGUGACGGCGGCGGUCUGCCGCUGUCCAAGGAGACUUCGCAGAACGAAAUCAACAACCUGACGCAGGACGACAUCGGGUCACAAGGGUCGGGCAGCGACGUUUACUGCCAGAUAAAAAUGAUACGGACGAAUCCGACAGACUCUAAAGGGAAAAGGAUAUCGAAGUACGCCAAUGGCAGCGUGGUGGGGUCUGAUAUGUUGGGAGGCGUCUGCACUGAGGCCCCGGAAGUCGAGGAAGAGAGCCAAGAGAAAGGAAGGGUGCAAUCUCCUCGUGAGGAGCGACAACGUUCUUUGUUCAAGACGGGGGGCGUUCGCACAACCGUUCACGCCGCUCCGCCUCGGCCCUGUCGGACGGCGACCGCCUCCUCGCCCCAGCUGUGCGGAACGUGCGGGAGAAAGCGGUCGCCGCUCACCCAGUGCACAGGCGCUUGUCGCAGAAGGGCCGCACCUCAAAUAUCGUCCAACCCUGCACGGAAGCAGAGCGCGCUCCAGGACCACGCGAGAAAGGAGUCGGCUUUGGACGCCAGGAACCGAGACGCGUCGGUGAAAAGCAGUAAAAUCCCGCAGUUGUCACACACAAUACCGAAAGCGCACAGUUCACACUCCAGCCGUGAGGCACCCGCUCACAAUCAAACAAUGAAUCAGCAGGCGAGGCCGCAUUCUGCAGAGUUUACACACUGCAAGGACACGGCCACACAAACAGCUGACACACACACUCGCAGGACGGCAGCGCUAACGGACUCACCCACGACGACAGAACCAUCGUUAGCAGACAAACACAGGCGUUGUAAAAGCCAGCAUCCAAGUUUAAACUCCACAGCUUCAGAACCUUCUCCUCGUGCAGAUAUCAAAUGUAGCAGCCCUCCAGCUCUCCCUGCAAAAAACUCCCCAAAAUCUGCCGUCCCCAAACCAUCCGGUCUCGUAGACCCCGACAAAAACACACAGCCCAAACCAAACUCCUCCAAAGAGACGAAAGCGAAGAACUCUACCAAACAGAAGAGCAAAUCUUUCGAUGACCACACUCAGUCUUGUAAGACUCAUAAAGCGGCGCAAUGUAACGGCGCUCCAGCGGGACUCCCGGCUGGGAGCGCACCUCGCGGCCUGGAAAGCAAAUUGCAGUGUGUGGAGGACAGCCUUGUGUCCAAUCAGGAGAAGAUCAAGGUGCUCCUCAACGUCAUCCUCGACCUGGAGAAGAGCAAGGCCUUCAGCGAAGGCCGCAGCUCCUACAGGACGGGUCAGGACAUCAACAACUGUCCCACCUGCCAGAAGACAGCUUGCAUCAUCUACAGUGUGGAGCAUGACUUCCGCCAGCAGGAGGGCCGCUUCCGGCGGGUGAUGGAGUCCCUGGAGGGAGAGUACGACGUGCCCGCGCCGCCGGUCACCAAAGCCGCGCUGGCCGCUUCCCAGGCCGACCGGCCCGGCGCCAAGGCCCGCGUCAAGAAACUCCGCAAAAAGUGUUUCUGGUGGCUCUGAUAUCGCAGCGGCCUCCGAGGGACGCUCGGCCCGGUUGAGUCCGGAAAGUUCCGCCGCACAGGAAUUUUACGGUGCCGUUUUGGCUUUGGAAAAGAAGUGGCAAUGAGACACGGAUAUGAAAUCCAAAGGAGCUGCUAAACAUCGAGACAAAUGUAAUGUAUACCAGAUCUAUUGAUUCAUGUUCCAGUUGUGGUCCAAAUGGGGAGCCCGUGUUCCAUAAUUUGGAGCAAACGGAUGGAGCAUGAACACUUGAACACUUGAGACCGUUUGCCACCCGGCAAAGUCUUUUGUCACAAGGAUUUAUGGCCGAAUGGAUUCGUGCACGUGGAUGGGAAUGAAUCACAAAGCGACCGUUUUGGCUUAAUCGCCGUGGGAAAUAUCGGUGGUAGAUAUUUCCCACAUCGAAAAUCCCAGGAAUUUAACAGCUUAAUGUUGGUACAUGUUUCUGAAGUCGAAUAACGUAGAAUUAAGUGAAGCAUCGGCGAGGAACUCAAUAACGCAACAAGAGAGAGCAAAGUGUUGCAGACGACAAUACGGAGCAGCCGAUCACGGGCUGACAGGCGGCCUCACAUGAUUAACAUUUAUGUCACCGCUGAGACUGAUUGAUUCACACCUCAGGCUCAAGCUUUCUACAGUCCAUUCAUUCGGGACUCAUACACGUGCAGACCGUCAAAGUAUAGGAGCCGCACUGUUAAGUGUUCAUUGCUUGUAUUCUUGGUUCCUUGAGACCAUUCUGAGCCCAAAGUAGCAAAAUAGGGAGAGGAAAAAAAACUGUUUGUUACAAACUAAUGCACACUAAAUGGGGCCAGCUUUUGUGAAACUUUCAAACAAUAAUAAUGCCCAUUUUGGAUUUAAAUACAUACUACAUGCUUGAAGAUCAUUGUUGAGAGUUCUCAAAUGUGGAUGAACUGUAUUUUCCCAUUACAGUUUUUAUGUUGUUGUUUUUUUUUUUGGGGGGGGGGGGGGGGGGGUCGUGGCUAAAGCGUGGCCGAGUGACGCAGCUCGGCCCCGACGUGAGUCGUCCUCCCUGACAGCCGACAUGUGCCAGACAAAGUCGCAUCCGUCUUCCCGGUAUUUGAUUGACAGUUGCCGGGUGAGCACGGACAAGCAGAAAGCAUUUGAGAGCGGAGAGAACCGUCGGAUUUCUCGCAAUUCUGAAGCCUCAUUUGAUAUCUUUUAACCAUGAAAAUUUGGCAGGGUUGUUAACACUCAAACAUUGAUUUUCAUUGUACUUUUACAGUACAGUAUUUUUCUUUUCAUAUACUUCCCCACCACUGCAUCAGACUGCGAGCUGUGUCUAAUUUACUUUUCACGUAGCUAAAUAACGUUACCCCGACAGCAGUUUUAUACCUCUGAAAAGUAAGUGGACUUUAUUUUGAUUAUUGUAUUAUUUUGCCAAUGUUUCUUUCUUGUUUCUUCUUUUUUGGGGAAUGGGGGGAACAACUCCCAAAAAUGCUUAGUGGUGGUUUAGCCCCGCCUAGUCAAAAUUUGCGGUGUUUCAAGUCAAAUUUCAAUGCAAUUAUAAUGGGUGCCAAUUGUGCGCAGAUUGGCAGGGGGCUGCGAAUAGCGAACGUCCACUCUAUUGCUAAAUGAACUAUUAAUUAUCCUGAGUCAAUUGUCCUCCACGACUAAUUAUCUACCUGGCGGCCUCAAUCAAAACGAAACCUUUUCUUUAUGACUGCACAAAUUAUGUUUGGCUCUCUCUCUCUCUCAUCUUAUUAAACACAUGGUAAUCAUGUUGUUGCCAGUCAGCAUACGACCCUAUCAAGACAAACACGUAUAUACAUUUAUAUCUCGAGUAUAAAUCUGACAUAUAGCCUUAAAGCUGCUGCUUGGGUAUUUACACUACAGUAAAGAUACUCCUGCAACAGACAAAUUCAAGCCCACAUCUCAUCAAGUCUCUUUGUCAGGUUGACGUAGUGGAUUCCAUUCAGGCGAGUUGACAGUUAAACAAUUUAUACAGAUGCCGACUCUUUAUUGAGUAGAAGUGAACCAGUUGAGUCAUAAAAAUCACACGUGGCUGUCUUUGUAACACUCUCUCUCUCACGCACAAACUAAGACAGUUUGGUUCCAAGCAAUUCAAACCUCUCACAUCGUAAACACCUCAUUCAGCUAACAGCUGACAAGUAGCCAACAAUUGCAACCUUGGAUGAUUCUUUGUUUGUUUUUUGUAAAGCUUUCCCACUUCUCCUGAUAUUCCUCCCACGUGUACAAUACAAAUGUGUAUUUUCCACAAGGCGCACUAUUGCUGACUCAACGUGAAGUCGACUGUAUAAAUUGCAAAUAUGCCGUUGUUUCCAAACAGCACACCAAGAGACAAUGAUAUGAUAUCAUAUAGUAUGGGCAGAAACCUUCAGGAACAGUAACAACAGCUAAACCAUUGAUUCGCCAGCCACAAAAUUAGGUCGAGUCAUGGCUAAAAACAUUGGCACCCUUGGGUGCGAUAUAAAAUGUCAAUGCAAAACUGUAUUAUACUGCCAAGUCGCACGCACCAAAAUCAGCUACAAUGAAUUCAUGAUGCAGAAAACCGAUUACUGCUUCUGUUUAAUUAUGUUAUUACUAUAUUUUUAUAAAGUACAGCAUCAUAGAUUGCUAUUUUCCGUAUCAAAAACACAACUAAUAGUUUCGUUUUUUGGGGGGGGUUGGGGGCUGGAAUGGAUCGAUGGGAUUUGGAUUCAUUUCAAUGGGGAAAGAUGACUUACGUGAGAUACACGUUGUGAAUUACAAGCGCGGUCACUUGGGCCGUUCACGAACGGGUGCCAACUCCGCUCGGACUUCGAGUCUGAGCCCAAGUAGCCGCGGAACAAAUUCAACUCGGAUUUGAAGGCACGUCUGUCUUGUUAAAUGAGCACAAGGCAACAAUCAGGGCACACGCAUCUUCGGUUCCUAUAUUGCUUCAAAACAUUUAUUUACGACGCUAAACAUUCUUAAGUCAUUGUAACCAAGUAUUUGGUAAACAAGAGCGGUGUAACAGUUUGUCAUGUUCAAGCUACUGCUGCACUUCAAUGUCUGCAAUAAUCUCGGGCGAUGUGGUCAACGAGCUUCUACCAUUGGUAAGUGACAAAGAUAAUGGUUUAAAAAGGUGUUCAUUUAAGAAAGAGUCAAAAAUAAACACUGUUUAAGCUCCCUUGUGUAGUGGUCCAGUUAAUAUCCCUAUGACAGUGUCAAACAAAAGUGAACAUUAUUAUAUUUGUAAAAUGUAUAUUAAUUUCGAUACAGCAUCUCGUCAGAUUGAUCAAGGUUCCCUAAUCAAAUAGCAUUGUAAUUGUUAUUGUGCAUUGCUAUAGUUGCCCAUUGUAGCAUUUGCAAAGAAUGACUUACAAUUAGAGCAUGCUCUCGGCCCAUUGUGAUGACCGUCUGGUUGAUGAUCCUCAGCAAGGAUGCCACAAUGUCUUUAAUGUGCUCAAACGUUUCCCCCUAAGAACACAGCCACACAGAAAAAAAACAAAAGAGCUCAGGUGCACAUCAAAACAUGCGCAGCUGUGGAAGAGCCGCUGCAAAAAAAGCAAAAAAACAAAAAUCAAAACAGGACACAGUCUUCACUAUGCAGGAAAUGAGUCUCAGGAAAAUCUUUUGACUUGCAAGAGAUUCUGACGUGUGUGCGUGCGCGCUUCCAUUUCCAUUCCUUUGUGGACACUUUUCCCAUUUGAGAAGACGAUGAGGACUAUCCGAAGCUCUCGGUUUCACAUUCUACAUUCCUGAUGUAAAAUUCCAAAAGCCUGAAACUGAAA